AUGGCGCUUCAUCUCUCCUCGAUGCAAUUUCCAGUGUCAUCAUCGUCGCCCUCAACCAGACUUGGAAAAAUUACAUCUCAGCUAAAAACUUCCGCACAAAUCAGAGCAAGGGCAGCAGUAAUUAGCCACUCUGUCUUCCAUCGCCGAACUAUAUCCACCAACGCCAUAGAACAGGGGCGUCAAGAUGGCCCCUCGGAUGAACCAGAAGCGGUCGAGAGUCCGCCCGCUGAACCGAACACUGCUAAGCUGUCGGAGCUGGGAUCAGAAAUCAAGAAGACGAUGAAGGAGAGAGAAGAGACAGGGAAAGAGGCAGAUUUCUGGAGCGGAGUGGCGGAGGAGAUAAGAGAGAUAGAGUGGCCGGCGUUCGGAAAGGUAUUGGGGACAACGUGGGUGGUGCUGGGCGUCAUAGCCGGAUCCAGCGUUGCGUUGCUUACCGUAAAUGCUGUUUUGGCUGAACUGUCGGAUAGAGUUUUCGCUGGAAAGGGUGUUCAGGAUUUUUUUGGAUAAAGGGCUCAUAGUGAUAGGUCAAGUAUCAGUCCUGGAGCCCCCACUCUCAUCUCAAACCAACCCUCCUAUUUAACAUUCUGCUAUUCUGCUCAUGUUUUUGUUUCUGGUUGCUUGAUGUUUGGUUUCUAUUCUGCCCAAAUGCAAAGAUGGUAGUGAAGUAAUCCAAGUUUUUCCCUUAACUUCCUAAGCUUCACAUUCUGUAAACUAUUAUCAAUUCAUGAUCUCAAUAAUACAUAGUCUUCUGAGGUAAA